AGCCGCUCAACAGCAGCCCGAGCCGGUUCUCAGGCGUACGGCGGGGCCGAUUUCCGUGUAGUGAGACGCCCUCGCAGAGCUGCCGGCACCCUGAAGGUGCCCCGUGAAGGCUGGCAGGCUGGCACCGCCGCCGAAGCCCGGGUAUUUGAAGAGCGAUGCCGGUCGCCAGGAUGCUGCGGCAGGUUGUGGGCCAGAUGCCGGGGAGACCAGCCUGUGGCUGCUGGACCUCUGCCCCGCUGGCCCGGUUUCUGGGCACCUCCCCUCGGCAAAUUCCAGCAGAUGCCAACUUCUGCUCUUCCUCUUUCUCUGGAACAGACCAGCCACGCGUCUUAAUUACAGGGGGUCUUGGCCAGCUUGGAGUGGGGCUUGCUAACUUUUUGAGGAAACGCUUUGGGAAGGACAAUGUGAUUUUGUCUGACAUAAGGAAACCACCUGAUCACAUCUUCCACGGUGGCCCAUUUAUUUAUUCUGACAUUCUGGAUUACAAGAAUCUUCGGGAGAUCGUGGUAAACAACCGCAUUACCUGGUUGUUUCAUUAUAGCGCUUUGCUCAGUGCCAUUGGAGAAGCAAACGUGUCCUUGGCCAGAGCCGUAAAUAUCACUGGAUUGCAUAACGUCCUGGAUGUUGCAGCAGAGCACAAUUUGCGAUUGUUUGUGCCUAGCACAAUCGGAGCUUUUGGACCUACUUCUCCCCGGAAUCCAACUCCCGAUAUCUGUAUUCAGAGGCCCAGGACUAUCUACGGGGUGUCCAAGGUCCAUGCGGAGCUCAUGGGAGAAUAUUAUCAUUACCGGUAUGGAUUAGAUUUCCGAUGCCUGAGAUACCCUGGAAUCAUCUCUGCGGACUCCCAGCCUGGUGGAGGAACAACUGAGCAUAAAGAAGUUCUGAGACUAAGGCUUCUGAGAACCACUGCCCUAAUGCAAGAGGUUUUUAAGAAGACCCACAGACAGGAUUCUCUUUCAGACUAUGCAGUCCAGAUCUUCCACGAUGCUGUAAAGAAUGGCAAAUUUGAGUGCAACCUGAAAUCCAGCACGCGACUCCCAAUGAUGUAUAUUGAUGACUGCCUCAGGGCCACCCUGGAAGUCAUGGAGGCCCCGGCAGAGUCCCUGUCCAUGAGGACCUACAAUGUCAAUGCCAUGAGUUUCACCCCUGAGGACCUGGCCCAGGAGCUUCUCAAGCACAUACCAGAAUUCCAGAUCACGUACAAUGUGGAUUCUGUUCGACAGGCCAUAGCGGAUAGCUGGCCGAUGAAUUUUGAUGACAGCAAUGCUCGGAAAGACUGGGGGUGGAAACAUGACUUUGAUCUUCCAGAGCUGGUGACGACGAUGUUGAACUUCCAUGGCUCUGAUACCAGAGUUGCCCAAGCUAACUGAGAGAAUCAUAAGGGAGGACUCCUGUAUCCUGGACAGCUGUCAAGGGAAAACCAUAAUGACCCCAAGGUUAUAUACCCCAAGGAACCUCGAUUAUCAGGAGUGCAAGGACUAAUUGGAGGAAAUUUUGGCAGCUCAUAUUGAAUUGCCAGAUUGGAGAAUCAAGUUGGCUUUUGCAUUUUCAAAGUGCUAUAGGUUUGGUGGUAGGAGUUCUCAAUCUUUGCUGUUUGCCUAAACUUGCCCAAACACGCAUAUCACAGAAUGAAGGCUUAAGUCAUAAUAGUUUCCAUUUAGGUUAAUUAAGAUGAAUGACCAUUUUGGGGAAGGUGGAAGUAUGUGAUGUUUGUCUUUAAUUAAAUUUAAUUUUCGUAUCA